AUGUCAUAUCUAUCCACAUACCUUAGCCGCUCGAGUAAAAUCCUACGAGACGGCACAUCUCGAAUCCUGCGCAUGCAAGGCGCAGAGGCGCCCUCACGCGCGCCGCUCACGCUUUACACUCUCAACUCGCGGGAGGACCUUUCGCACUACGCCACGGGAUGCGACGCAGACAUCGGAGGCACUUCGUCGGUGCACCUCGACCUCGACGAGGACCCUGCGCACAACACGUCCAUCGGCAAACCGGCGACAGCUAAGUUCUGGGGCGACAUGCGGCUAGGCGUCAAGGCGGGACUGGAGGGAAAACUUCGGGGUGGAUACGCAGGGUUCCGCAACAGGCACCGUCCGACGCUCUUUGGAGAACUCACGGAUGAUGUUUCACAACAUCACUACCUCGCCUUGCGGCUGCGCGUCGCCGGGCAUCCACGCACCCGCAACUCCUAUUUCGUCAACAUCCAGACGGACGGGCCCAUCACAUCCGACCUCUGGCAGCACCGCCUCUACUUUUCGCGCACCGACGGUGGUUGGGAGGACAUAUUCGUCCCUUUCAACGCGUUCGUGCUGACCAACACGGGCGAGAUCGCCUCCGACCAGAUCUCCAUGUUGCGUGAACGCAUACGCACCAUCGGUAUCUCGCUAUUAGGUGGCAACUCGGGCGUCGAGGGACCUUAUGAGCUGGGCAUCGAUGAGAUACGUGCGGUCAAUGAGGAAGAUGUAACAGUCCUGCCAAGUAGGUGCCUUGAUCCCCCGCACUCGCGUUCAGCGCUGAUUUGGCCGGCAGAGAUUGAGCCUAGUACAGAGGGAGAGGGGGAGCGAGGCCCCUUGUGA